AUGGUGGUCUCUGACCUCAUCCGUGAUCGACCAAUCACAAAAGAGCCGACCGCACCUUCCCCCAAGAUGGCGAGCCACCCCCUCCUCGCCAUUAAAACGGAGGACCAGAGCUUCAGUGGCGACAAGAUGACGGAGCAGUCGCACCCCGGAGCCAAAAUGGCGGAGCAGUGUCUCCUUGGCCUUAAAAUAGAAGACAAGUUUUUUACAGGAGGCUGCCAGUCCGGCUCAAAGACAGGGGACAGCGUCGUCUCUGGAGCCAACAAGUUUCAGUUCAGAUUAAAAAUGGAGGACGGUGGAAUCUCCGGGACCAAGAUGGCAGACCAGCUCCUCUCCGGAGCCAAGAUGGAGGAGCAGUUUCUCUUUAAAGCAAAAAUUGCAGAGCGGCCUUUCUCCGGAGCGAAGAUGAGCAACAGGUUUCUCUCCGGCGUGAAGAUGGAGGACCCGUUUCCUUCUGGGGUCAAGAUGGAGAACCAGCUCCUCUCUGAAGCCAGGAUGGCGGACCAGGUGUUUUCCAGAGCGAAGACGGAGGAGCAGCUUUUCUUCGGAGCCAAGAUGGAAGACCAGUGCCUCAGAGCCGUGCUGUGGCAGGACAUGUCGGUGAACCUGGCGUCCACGCUGCUGCACCAGCUCUCAGAGAGGGUCAGUAAAUCCAACAUUCAGCCGGUGGAGAGGUCGACUCCUCCCAUCAGAAGCAGUCCUCUUUUGAAGGUGAAUGUGGACCCACUCCGUUCCUCGCCCCUGUUGAGCUCCCAGCAACCUCCACAGGAAACUCAAACCAGCAUCAACAGAGAUCAAACCACAGGUUGCUCUUACUUCUACAGGUGUCACGUUUGCGGGUUCGAGACGGAGGGCCGCGCCCUUUUCCAGAGUCACAUGACAGAACACCGCCAAUGGGAGCACGGCUCCUUCUCGCUGCACUGCUGCGUGUGCGACCACUCGACCAAUCAGGAGGCAGAGAUGAGGGCUCACGCCGCCACGCACAUACAGGGUGACACGGGGGUCAGCGGAGACAUGAGAUGCCCCGUCACCCCUCCUGCCACCGCCACCGCUGCCGCCUCCAGCAGCACUCCGGCAGUUGCCAUGGCAACCCAGCCGGAGAAGAGCACCUCUGAGCAUCGCUGCCGCAUCUGCCAGAGGUCGUUUCCAGGGCAACAGGAGCUGCUGGUUCACUUCCAGGGUCAUCGCCAAGGCAACCAGUACCGGUGCGACCGGUGCGGCCACCUGACGCGGACAGCCAACAAGCUGGUGGAGCACGUUCGCGUGCACACGGGCGAGCGGCCGUUCACCUGCGACCUCUGCCCCUACAGCGCCAAGCGGCGGGACAGUCUGCGGCUGCACUGCAAGGUCAAACACGCCGCGCACGUCAACGGGAACGCGGCGGACACGCCCGGCGACAAACCCUGCUCGUGA